AUGAAUCCCUUUGGCCGCCUACCUUUGGAGAUUCGGGAAAUGAUGAUAUCGAAUUUAGAAUCUAAGGAAGUUUUCUGGAACCUUCGUCGAGCAUCCCCUGUUUUCUGGCGCCAAUCCCAGACCAGCAAAUUACUACAAGCUUGGGACACCCUCCAAAAGGAGCUGGACCACCACCUGUUUUCUCAAGUCUUGAUGCUUGUGAAAUACCCCAAGAUUGAGGGACCCAUUUUAGAAGAUGAGCAUCCUUUUCUAAUGCCAGAUAUUUUCUGCCAGGACCCGCUUUUCACGCCACAGCAACAUUUGAUCUUCGAGAUGUACGACAGGUACCAAGGAAUGCUCAACUGCUUUGCGUUGGGUCCUGCAUUGGUGCCUCUAUACAGGGAUAAAUAUCCCGACGUCUGCCUUGGCAGGUUCAGCGAUUUCCUUGCCAGAUCUUUCGGAGAAACUGGGGAACAACUUCCAACUGUGAUGCCCCCGAUCGAGGACGGAAUCGCAUCCCGGAUCGUCUAUUUUCUCCUUGCCAUUGAUAUGAUCGAACAAUGUCCAUCAGCUUUCGUGACAAGCCCGGGAGAGCCUCCGAAACAACGAUCUUUAAAAGAAGAGCGUUCAUUUAAACUUGUUGAUCACUGGCUAUUCAUGAUUCCAGGAAUGAUUGAAGGGGAUUUUGAAAGAUUCUUAGGCCUACCUGAGCGACCUGAAAUAGCACAAUAUGUUGAGGAUUUCUUGGAGCAGGAAGAUGAGGAGGAGGAGGAGGAGGAGGAGCAGAGAGAAGCAGAGGAAAUGGUGUUUAUCCAAUGCUAG